AUGUCUUAUCCUGAAAACGUUGGUAUUUUGGCUGUAGAAAUAUAUUUCCCAAAGAGAUGUAUCGACCAAGCCGAACUUGAAAAAUAUGACGGCGUUUCAGCAGGAAAAUAUACCAUCGGAUUAGGACAAACUAAAAUGGGAUUUUGUGACGAUCGCGAAGAUAUCAAUUCUAUCGCGUUAACUGGUAAAAUUUCUUAUAAAGAUAUUGGUCGUGUUGAAGUUGGCACAGAAACCAUUAUUGAUAAAUCAAAAUCGGUAAAAAGCGUAAUAAUGCAACUUUUCAAAGAAUCCGAAAAUACUGACGUCGAUGGCAUUGAUACCACAAACGCAUGUUAUGGGGGCACUUCUGCUCUUUUUAACGCGUUAAAUUGGAUCGAAUCAUCAUCAUGGGAUGGUCGUUACGCUCUUGUCAUUGCCGGUGAUAUUGCUGUCUAUGCAUCCGGACCGGCACGCCCAACUGGUGGAGCCGGAUGUGUUGCCAUGAUUAUCGGCAAAGAUGCCCCAAUCGUUAUUGAUCGCGGUCUUCGAGGAAUUCAUAUGGAACAUGUAUGGGAUUUCUAUAAACCUGAUUUAACAUCAGAAUUCCCAGUGGUUGACGGGCAUCUCAGUAAUUCUUGUUACCUUAAAUCAUUAGAUACGUGUUAUAAUCGUUUCAUGACGAAACUCAUAACAAAUGAAAAGGUUGAAAAGCCCACAGUAAACAUCUUUGAUUACAUGCUGUUCCAUGCGCCCUAUUGCAAACUUGUGCAGAAAUCGUAUUCAAGGUUGUUCUACAACGAUUUCGUUCGUAAUCCCGAAGAUCCAUUUUUUAAAUCUGUCCAACACUUCAAAGAUAUGAGUGUGGAGGAAUCUUUGCGUUCAAAAGAUCUUGAAAAGGCAUUUAUGGAAUUAUCGAAACCUUAUUAUGAAAAGAAAGUUAAUCCGACCCUCUUAGCUUCAACUCAAGUUGGAAAUAUGUAUUGCGCUUCUUUAUACUCAACACUCGCAUCGUUGUUAUCCAAUGUUCCAGCCGAUAAUCUCAUUGGAAAACGCGUAGGAAUGUUUUCAUAUGGAUCAGGACUUGCAUCAUCAUUUUUCUCAUUUCAAAUUAAAAAAUCCGUUGCAGACAUUAGUAAAAUAUUAGAUGUACCAAAUCGACUUAAAUCUAGACUCGAAUUAACGCCAGAGAAAUUUAAUGAGGUAAUGAAGUUAAGAGAAGAAGUUCAUGAUCAAAAAGAUUAUGUACCUUUAGGAGAUGGUUCUUCAAUAGAAGAUGCAUUCUUUUCAGGAACUUACUAUUUAGAACAAAUAGAUUCUAAAUGGAGACGUUCUUAUAAACGUGCAGCAUAA